AUUGAGUGUUCAUGAAAGGAUACAAAAGUCAUUGUGUUUGUACAGCAUUUGGUGAGACGAUCGUUAUUUAUUUUUGUCUGAUUCAUAUUUGAACUUGAACUUUGGAAUUGUACUUACAUGUAGCGUAAGUAUUCUGUAAACGGUUGCUAGUCUCUGUUUUCUGAAUUGGACACUGAACCAAAUGGCUGCAUUAUAUAUAUUUGUGUUGUCAAUGGCUCUGUUGUAUCCACAGCAAGCAUAUUCAGAUGUACCCGAAAUAGUCGUAGAGAAUUCCGAGGCAUACAUUGGAUCGAAUGCAACGAUACCAUGUCGUUAUAGCCCCCCUACCUCAUCUCGUAUAUCAUGGCGGCUAUCUAGUGAUCGUAAUGAUGUCACUUUAGUUUCAUCAGUUAACCCAGUAAACGGAAGGUUCUCCUUACUUAGUGAAGAAAACGGGAACUGCACCCUACACAUUAGUUCAUUCAAACGUAACGACAGCAACACCUACACUGUAACGGUUGGUAGUGGUGACUUAAUCGGACACGGAUCAGCAAAUCUAUCAACGGCUUACAGAACAGAGAUUCACAUUGAAGACGAUGUCGUAGAUGAAGGAGAGGUAGUGGAAUUGUUUUGCAAUAUUCAGCCUGAUGCAGUGACAGAUGCUGUCACGUGGUACCAUGGUAACAAAACCAUCGACGUAGAUGAUCGAUACACACAAUCUGAUGACUUAAAUAUACUGAUGAUCAAAACGGCUGUUAGCAGUGAUGCUGGCAUCUAUAGCUGCCAGAUAGAAGCGGACGGAAAAGUAACGCCCUCCUGGAAUCAGCCAUCGCUCAAAGUGAACUACAUCAGGUUUGAGAAAACUGAAUACCAUCACCACAAAGCAGUCUGUGAGGUGACCAGUUACCCAAGUCCCGCCACCGUCAACCUCAUAGUCGAUUCGCAGAUUCUCAAAUCUGGUGAAAAUAAGGUUGAAUUUGAAAUACCAGAGGAAGCAGUAAAUAUAUCGUGUAACGCAACCACUAGCAGUGGACAAUAUAGUAUUCACUAUUUUGAUGAUGAAGAUGACGAAGACGACGACGCACCUAUUUCUCCGAUUGCCAUUAUCGGAAUUAUACUUGGUGGAGGUGCGGUGCUAAUUAUUAUAGGACUCGUAUUGUUUUAUGUUUUUCGAAACAAAGGCAAGGAGCAGACGCCAAAGCAAGAAACAAGAGAGGUCAAAGAAGACGUUACGUAUAAACCGGUACCCGGUGAUGAAGGUGGAGUUUCAAUGUAGACAACUGACUAAAUUGAUCGAUAUAAUUGAACUCUUCGUACCAAUUUUAAGUGAAAUUAAAUGAAAAGUAAAGUUUUCUGCUAGCUAAGAUUUUAUGCAAGACGACUCAAACAUCUGAAAUAACCUGUAAACCUCCAAACAAAACCGUCGUGUCAUCAGGUGACUCGUUACUGUAGUAUCAUGGCGGUAUACCUCUAUAGUAGUACCGUAUGUUGCUGCAGCUACAUAGGCCUAUUAUUAUCAGGUUCAUAUCAGAGGACGCGUUAGUGGGCAGUUUGUUGAUAGGGAGCUUUCGACUGCUCGACGCCGCGGUGGGACGUAGAAACGUAAUGACGUCGCAAAAAAGUCAUCUGCGCAUUCGAGAACGUUAAAUUCUCCGCCUAGGACGGUCAUGCAUGAGUGAAUCAGUUCAUAGUGUUGCGUCGUCGCGCAAAUCGAAAGCUUCCUAAUGCUUCUAGAUGAGGAUGUGUUGUUUAUUAUAAAACUCUGUCCACACAGUCAAAUUUUAUGUAACAAAAUAUGUGUGUGAUUCAAAUCAAACUUAAUUUAAACAUCACCUUAGUCUACUUCUUGUAUUGCGUGUGCAUUUUUUAGUUGAACAAUGUUUUAAACAUGUGGAUUCUGUUUGUGUGUGUUUUUGAUAAUAUAUGUUGACGUCAGAUUCGCUCCUUCGAUGAAAUCGAACGUUUUACCUUAGCAAAAUUGCAACAUUUAUUAUUUAUUGAUUAAAUUGAGUAGUUAAUUGGAUGAGAGUAGGUGAAUACAGUCCUAAACAUUCAACAUAGGCCUAUGCUUAAUUAUGAUCAAAUAUGACCUAGAUUUUCUUUCUAAAACUAAACUAAAAUUAUUUGUUUUAGAUAGAUUUGUAUGUGAAUAAACCAUGCUUUAUAACGAA